CAUCGACCAUUGCGGCUCCAACCACGACUGUUGCUUCCUCGACCACCGCGGCUCUCUCAACGACUGCUGCUCUAUCGACCACUGCUCAAACACUAACCACCGGGCCAACAACAACCGUCCCUGCAACAACAACAGCUGCUCCAUCAACGACGGUUGCUCCAUCAACGACUGUUGCUCUAUCGACCACUGCUCAAACACUAACCACUGCACCGACAACGACCGCUGCUGCAACAACAACAGCUGCUUCAUCCACGACGGUUGCUCCUACAUCAACCAUCGUUACUCCAUCGACCACAGCUCCUACAUCAACGACGGUUGCUCCAUCAAUGACUGCUGCUCUAUCGACCACUGCACAACCAUUAACUACUGCGCCAACAACGACCGUUCCUGCAACAACAACAACAGCUGCUUCAUCCACGACGAUUGCUCCUACAUCAACGACCGUUACUCCAUCGAUCACUGCCGCUACAUCAACGACUGUUGCUUCCUCGAUCACUGCCGCUACAUCAACGACUGUUGCUUCCUCGACCACUGCGGCUCUCACAACGACUGUUGCUCUAUCGACCACUGCUCAACCACUAACCACCGCGCCAACAACGACCGUCGCUGCAACAACAACAGCUGCUCCAUCAACGACUAUUGCUCUAUCGACAACUGCUCAAACACUAACCACUGCGCUAACAACGACCGCUGCCCCAUCCGCCACUGCUGCUCCAACAACAUCAGCCGCUACAAUUACGACGGCUACUCCUUCGACCAGUCCUCUUGCAUCAGCGACGGUUCCUUCAUCGACCACCGCACCUCUAACAACGACCAUCGCUCUAACAACAAUCGUUGUUCAAACAGCAACAGCUGCACGAUCAACUACAGUUCCUCCAAUGACCACUCCUGCUCUAUCAACAACAAGUAGUAUAAAUACCUUAAUUUAA